CUCCAGUGUUAAGUGUGCUUGUGACAUAGCUUUCACAAGGUUCAACCUAGUCAAUAUGGGUGCUGGAGGUAGAACAUCGGUUCCACCGAGUCCCAAAAAACCCGAAUUCAACCCACUGAAGCGAGUUCCAUGCUCAAAGCCACCCUUCACUCUGUGUCAAAUAAAAAAAGCCAUCCCACCUCACUGUUUCAAGCGCUUCGUUUUACGCUCAUUCUCUUAUCUUAUUUACGACCUUGUAUUGGCCUCUCUUUUCUACUAUGUGGCCACCAAUUACUUCCCUAGCCUUCCUCAACCUCUCCCGUAUGUGGCUUGGCCUCUUUAUUGGGCCAUGCAAGGUUGUAUUUUCACCGCCUUUUGGGCGCUUGCCCAUGAAUGUGGUCAUCAAGCUUUCAGUGAUUAUCAAUGGCUUGACGACACUAUUGGCUUUAUCCUCCACACUUUUCUCUUAACUCCAUAUUUCUCGUUGAAAUAUAGCCAUCGCCGUCACCAUUCCAACACUGGUUCCCUCGAAAGAGACGAAGUCUUCGUUCCAAAGAAAAAAUCCGCUUUAAAAUGGUGGGCUAAACACUUCAAUAAUCCACUAGGCCGGUUUUUGGAAAUCUCCAUUCAACUUACCCUCGGCUGGCCGCUUUACUUACUGUUCAACAUCACUGGUCCACCUUACGAUAGGUUAGCUUGCCACUAUGACCCUUAUGGCCCCAUCUUUUCCGACCGCCAACGGCUCCAAAUAUACGUCUCCGACGCCGGCGUCCUCGCUGUCACCUAUGCUCUUUACCUUCUCGUGUUGGCCAAAGGGGUAGGUUGGGUUAUUAGCGUUUACGGGGUGCCAUUAUUGGUGGUUAAUGCCUUCUUAGUAAUGAUCACGUAUUUGCAACACACUCACCCAUCUUUGCCGCACUAUGAGUCUUCGGAGUGGGACUGGUUGAGGGGAGCUUUAUCGACCGUGGACAGAGAUUAUGGGAUUUUAAACAAGGUUUUCCAUGACAUAACCCGCAUACACGUGGCUCACCAUUUGUUUCCGACAAUACCUCACUAUCAUGCAAUGGAGGCUACCAAGGUGAUAAAGCCGAUUUUGGGGGAAUACUACCAGUUCGAUGGGACACCAGUUUAUAAGGCGAUAUGGAGGGAGUUGAAGGAGUGUGUUUACGUUGAACCAGAUGCGGGUGAUAAUGAUAAAGGUGUUUUAUGGUUUAGAAACAAGCUUUAAACAUUUGCAUUUUACCUUAGGAAUGUGUUCGUUUUUGUUGUUUAGAGGAUAUUUUAUGCAUCCCGUCGUACGUAAUAGUAGACCGAUAAAUUGGUGGUUGUUUCAUGAUAUAUGUUCGGCUUCCUGAAUUUAUGACUAUAUUUAUCUUCAAUAUUUAAA